ACAUGAUUUAUAAACCGAUUCAAUCAAAUUAUUGAUUGAUUAUUUUUAAAAUUUUAUUUCGACACAUUUUAAAUUUUUUAAAUCAUCAUCAUAUCUGACAUGCGCUAUUAACUUAUUUUGUGGGGAGUUUGUUGAUCAACAACCAACCACUAAUCAUCAUCGUCGAAUGCAACAACAACAACAACAACAACAAAACAACAGGGAAAAUUGAAUAUUUCGUUUUGAUGUUAAUAAACAGCUUUUUUUGAUUCAAGCAUCUUUUUUUUUCUUUCUCUUUCUUUUUAAUCAAUGUAUAUUUUUUUCGUCGAAAUAUUUGAUUUUGUUGGCGUGGCCAUGUCAAUUUUUUCAUCUGAUAAAAUCUGUGUGUGUGUUUGUGUACAUUCCAAAUGAUCUGCGAUUCGAGAUUCGAAUUUCCAAUCUCAUUUUGAAAUUCAUUACUAUUAUUACUACUACUACUACCCUAAAUGCUGCCUAAAUGUCAAAAUUUCGUUAUCGUUACAUGUGCAAUAAAUAACAACAAGGGAUCUCAUUUAUUUAAUUGAUACGACAACAACAACAACGACAACGACCACAACGUUGGCUACGGAAAUUUAUAUUGAUAUAUCGAAUUCAAUCAAUCAAUCAAUAGUAUAUAACAAACAUUAAAGUGUGGAAAUUAACAAAAAAAAUGGAUCGUGAUCUAAUCAACGUGUUUGUAUUGGGUCUUUCGUUUAUGUUUUUAUUCACAGCAUUUCAAACGAAUGGAUUCAUUCAGGGCCCAAUGAUCGAUAGUAUCAAUCAUGAAUAUGGAAAAGAUCAAUAUGGUGCCAAUACAUUUGUCAGUAUGUGUCUUAUUUAUUUAAUAUUUAGUCUUGUCAAUUGGAUUGCACCGGCAUUCGUUAAAUUAUUUGGUGCUCGUAUAUCGAUGAUUGUUUCCGGUAUAACCUAUAUCUUAUUUGUAGCCAAUUUUCUAUGGCCACAAGCAUGGCUUCUUUAUAUUGUAUCAAUGAUUGUUGGUUUUGGUGCCGCAAUCUUAUGGACUGCUCAAGGUUAUUAUCUAACCGUUUGUUCAACAGAAAAAACAAUUGGACGUAAUAGUGGCUUAUUUUGGACAUUAUUUCAAUGUAGUCUUCUAUUUGGAAAUAUAUUUGUUUUUGUUUAUUUCAAAGAUAUGACCGGUGAAGAUAUACCACAUUCAACAAGAACAAUUACAUAUAUUGUAUUAUCGAUUGUUGGUUCAAUAGGUAUUGUUACAAUGUUUUUUUUGGGUUCACCAAAAUCUUUGCAAUCACAGGAAUCAAUCGAAUCAUCUGGUUCAUUCAAUAUUAUUGAAUCGAUAAAGGAAUCAUUUGCAUUGUUGAGUACCCGUAGAAUGAUCCUGUUAUGUAUUACAUUCUGGUAUACUGGUAUUGAACUUAGUUUUUAUAGUGGUGUUUUCACCACUGCAUUAGGACGUAUCAAUAGCCUGGAUAAAGAUGGUGGUAAUGCAAAAAAAUAUGUCGGUCUUGCCGGCAUGCUUAUUGGUAUUGGUGAAAUUGUUGGUGGUCUUAUAUUCGGUAUUCUUGGUUCAAAAACAGUUCGUUGGGGACGUGAUCCAAUCAUUGUAUUGGGCUAUUUUAUUCAUAUGGUUUCUUUUCUAUUGAUUUUAAUCAAUUUUCCACCUGAUUCAACCAUUUCGGAAACGGUAAAAAAAUCCGCUUACAUUGAUCCAAACCUUACAAUUGCUUUAAUAUCUGGAUUUUUACUAGGUUUCGCUGAUUCAUGUUAUUGUACACAAUGUAUGUCAAUAUUAGGAACAUUAUAUGCCGAUAAUAGUGCACCGGCAUUUGCAUUAUUUAAAUUUUUCCAAUCAAUCGCAUGUGCCUGUGCAUUUUUCUAUACACCAUAUUUUAAUCUUUAUAUACAAUUAGCUAUAUUGGCAAUAUUUGCAUCAAUAGGAACAUUAACAUUUGUCAUUGUUGAAUGGAAACUUCGUCGUGAUGAACAUAUCAAUCUAAAUAAUGAUCAUCGUGUCCAUCAAAGUUAAUAAUGAUAAUAAUUGUCUUACAUAUCAUCAUAAUAACAAUUAUUA